AUGCACUGGUCCCCGGAGCACGCCGCGUCUCUCGCCCAGUGGCCGGAGCAGCACCUGGACGUCAGCUCCACCACGUCUCCCCCGUCCGCCCUCAAACACGAGCCCUUCUCCGCCGCCCGACGAGGCCUUCACGCCCCGCCCGGAUACCCCUGGGCCAGCGACGACAUCUCCGCUCUCACCGCCUCCUCGCUGCUCAAGAGAUACGCCGAGAAGUACGUGUCGGGCGUGGACCUGGCUUACGAGCGCGCGGCCCCCACUCCUGCGGGAUUCGCGGAGCCGACGGGGUUCCUCAAGACCGAGCCCGACCCGUGGCCCCCGCUGGAUUGUUACGGGAGCCUGGAGAAAGUGCCCGCGACCGGCAGCGUGACCGUCGUGAGCAACUUGACCAGCGACUCGUACAGCGCGGGAGCAGAGGAGGAGGGUUAA